AAACAUUAUUAUUAAACACUUCGUAUUAGCUAUGAUGGUCUCUAUUAUAAUAUCAACACAGGAGGGAGCCACAGCCUUGCUCUAUGCAGGAUGGAAAGGUCACUCAGAGGUGGUGAAACUACUGCUAGGAGCUGGGGCCAGAGACAUUCCUAAUAAGGAUGGUGUCAGUCCACUCUAUGCUGCCAGUCAAGAAGGACACUCUGAUGUAGUGGACAUUCUGCUAGAGGCUGGUGCUGAUGUCCACCAGGCCACCACCAAGAAUGGUGAUGUUCCUCUGGGGAUAGCUGCCCAGAAUGGACACACUGAGACAGUUCAGAGACUGUUGGAGGCAGGAGCCAACGUCAACCACCAGAACAAGGAGGGAGCCACAGCCUUGCUCUAUGCAGGAUGGAAAGGUCACUCAGAGGUGGUGAAACUACUGCUAGGAGCUGGGGCCAGAGACAUUCCUAAUAAGGAUGGUCUCAGUCCACUCUAUGUUGCCAGUCAAGAAGGACACUCUGAUGUAGUGGACAUUCUGCUAGAGGCUGGUGCUGAUGUCCACCAGGCCACCACCAAGGUAUGAUACACAGUUGUUCUAGAGCUAGUCAGCUCAUUUGUCCACCAACCAUGGUGGCAGUGGUGUAGCCAAGAGCUCUGACUAGACCUCAA